UCCUGCGACCGGUGACUUCAUGGGAAGGAGGCGGCGGCGGGAGGUGGUUCGGCUUUCCGUCUCCUGGUGCUGUCUGCAGGGCGGGCGAGAGGCGGCCGCUCCCCCGGGCAGCGCGUGCGGGGGGACAGCGGUGACGGAAAGCGGCAGCUGGAGGGGACGGCAGCGGCUGGGCUGGCUCCCCUCCCUUCCCCCGCUCCCCGGCCGAGGAAGAUGGAGCUCGGUUAGUAAGGGCUUGCGGGAGGAGCAGCGGGGAGCAGGCACAUGAUACUGGAGAACUUCAAAAUCAGAAGUAAAAUCAGCAGGACAGGUGCCUCCUGCCUUCCUAAAUAGGGCGAAAGCGAGUUUACCAGUGUGGAUGCCUUCCUCAUUUGUUUCACCAAAAUGAGAUAGGGCUUGCAUGAGAGAAAGGAGAUUUUUGCAACUAGAACCUACCAUGAUUUCUCAGGGGACAAAAUUUGGCUUAUUCAUACCUUCUACUGUGGCGAAAAUGGAUUAUUUUCCUCACCAAAAACCAGCAGCGUAACACCCAUCUGACACAUGCCUCAAGCCUGUUCUAAAACUGGAAGCUAUUUGAAGAUAAACCUGUUUAAAACAAAACAGGUGCGAGGCUGGCAAAGUAAUCUCUGAUCUAACUUGAAUGGGAUGAAUACAAAGUGUCAAGUUUAUUUCUCUGUAGCUGUGGUACAAGCAAGAGCCAACCAAUAUUGUCUACUACCAGUAGGAAAUCUCCAUGCUAGUCCUUAAUCUUGGCAUGAGAGUAAAGUUGCAACUGAACCGGUGAGGAGGAGUUAACAGGAAAAAUCUAAUUCAUGCUCAAAGAUGGAUGCCUUCUAGCCAGCCAGUGAUUCCUACUGCUGCUGCAUGUCUGGCAGCAUCUCUGAAUGAUCACAUGACUCUUGAUAUGGAUGCUGUCCUGUCAGACUUUGUUCGGUCGACAGGGGCAGAACCAGGUCUGGCAAGAGACUUACUGGAAGGCAAAAAUUGGGACUUGACAGCAGCUUUGAAUGACUAUGAGCAGCUCCGGCAGGUACACACCGCCAACCUGCCACAGGUGUUCAAUGAGGGCAAAUACUACAAGCAGCAGGAGCCAGAGCAGCCUCCCCAGGUGACAAAGGCUGAGCGACCCUGCCUGCAAAGGCAGGAUGACAUUGCUCAAGAAAAGCGUCUUUCCAGAGGUAUUUCUCAUGCCAGCUCAGCCAUAGUCUCCCUUGCUCGAUCACAUGUAGCAAACGAGUGCAGCAAUGAGCAGUUUCCUUUGGAGAUGCCCAUCUACACAUUCCAACUACCAGACCUUAGUGUGUACAGUGAAGAUUUCAGAAGUUUCAUUGAGCGUGACUUAAUUGAGCAGGCAACAAUGGUUGCUUUGGAGCAAGCAGGACGACUAAAUUGGUGGUCCACAGUGUGUACAAGCUGCAAACGUCUUCUUCCCUUGGCUACAACAGGUGAUGGAAACUGCCUCUUGCAUGCUGCAUCUUUAGGGAUGUGGGGAUUUCAUGACCGGGACCUUGUUUUACGUAAAGCACUCUAUACUAUGAUGAGAAGUGGAGCUGAAAGGGAAGCACUGAAAAGAAGAUGGAGAUGGCAACAGACCCAGCAGAAUAAGGAGUCAGGCUUAGUGUAUACAGAAGAAGAAUGGGAACGGGAGUGGAAUGAACUGCUUAAACUGGCAUCAAGUGAGCCUCGUACACAUUUCAGCAAAAAUGGAGGCACUGGUGGUGGAGUCGAUAAUUCAGAAGAUCCAGUGUACGAGAGCUUAGAAGAGUUCCAUGUUUUUGUCUUAGCCCAUAUUUUGAGAAGACCUAUUGUUGUAGUAGCAGACACAAUGUUACGAGACUCAGGGGGAGAAGCGUUUGCACCUAUACCAUUUGGAGGAAUUUAUUUGCCACUUGAAGUCCUACCUAACAGAUGCCAUUGCUCGCCUCUCGUGCUAGCCUAUGAUCAGGCCCAUUUCUCUGCUCUUGUUUCCAUGGAACAAAAAGAUCAACAGAGAGAACAAGCGGUGAUCCCUCUGACUGACUCUGAACACAAGUUACUGCCUUUGCACUUUGCAGUCGAUCCUGGGAAAGACUGGGAGUGGGGAAAAGAUGACAAUGAUAACACCAGACUGGCCAAUUUGAUUCUGUCUCUUGAGGCAAAGCUUAAUCUUCUACACAGCUAUAUGAAUGUAACAUGGAUACGCAUACCAUCUGAGACACGGCAGGCCCCUUUGGCUCAACCAGAAUCCCCUACUGCUUCAGCCGGGGAAGAUGUUCAGUCUCUGGCUGACUCAAUGGACUCAGACCGAGAUUCCAUCUGUAGUAAUUCCAAUGGCAAUAAUGGCAAAAACGGUAAAGAAAAAGAAAAGGACAAGCAGAGGAAAGAUAAAGACAAAACCAGGACGGAUUCAGUUGCCAAUAAAAUAGGAAGCCUAAGUAAAACUCUGGGAAUUAAACUGAAGAAGAAUAUGGGUGGUCUUGGAGGCCUGGUGCAUGGCAAAAUGAGCAGAGCCAAUUCAGGGAAUGGGAAAAAUGGAGACACAGUAGAAAAAGUCAAAGAGAAGAAGUCUAAGUCUCGAAAAGGGAGCAAAGAGGAAUCUGGACAGUCUGCGAGCACUUCUCCAUCUGAAAAGACCACUCCAUCUCCAACUGACAGAGCUAGCAACUCACCCAGUGAAAAGAUGAACAAUAAACCCUUCUCUGACAAGCAGUCUGACCCAUGGAAGUACAGCACUGAUGUGAAACUCAGCCUAAAUAUUUUGAGAGCUGCCAUGCAGGGUGAACGAAAGUUUAUUUUUGCUGGCCUUCUUUUGACCAGUCACAGGCAUCAGUUCCAUGAGGAGAUGAUAGGCUAUUACCUGACCAGUGCGCAGGAGCGUUUCAAUGCAGAACAGGAACAGAAAAGAAAGGAUGCUGAGAAAAAGGUGACACUGAAUGGGUCAUCUUGUAGGAAACUGGAGCCAGAGGCGUAUUCAAAAGAAAAAUUAGAAACAUCUCCUCAGGAUAGGGCAUCACCUGUCUUACCUCAAAGCCAUACAACUCAACUAGUUUUAAAAUUUAAAGAUCGCACUAGUCCCACGCCUGGGUCAUUUUCUUCACCUAGUAAUGGUGCUAAGAAAAGCGGACCCAUUCCGGUAUCUGCCCACUAUAGCCAUACACCACCUGUUCAAAGGCAAAGCGUCAUCCAUUUGCAUGAUGUCAGCUCCAAGCCGUCGAGCUUCCAGGAUGAUACCUACAAGCCAGUAGUUGGCACCUUAAAAACCUGUGCCACCUAUCCCCAGCAAAACAGAUCACUGUCUUCUCAGACCUAUAGCCCAGCCCGGAUAUCUGGUAUCCGCACAGUGAACACAGUGGAAUCACUGAGCUAUGCCAUACCUACUGAACACAAGUCUCAGACAUAUACAAAUGGAUUCAAUACUGGCGAUAUUAGAGACUGCUUAGAAUAUGCUGAUGAGGAUGCUCCUCAGACCUGGUUGAACAAUGAUAAAAAUCAAGGCAGAAGUACAGUUUGCCCAAUAUAUUCCAUCCAGCAGAACCGCUGUAAGAAGGAGAACUGUUCCUUUUAUGGGCGUCCUGAGACUGAAAAUUACUGUUCAUACUGCUACAAAGAAGAGUUAAAGCGCAGGGAGAGAGAAAGCAAGGGACAUAGGCAUUGAGGAUUCUUCCAUGACUACUUAGUUUUACCAUUUUCUUACUUAGAAACUAAACAGUGUUGAAUUGCAGUAAAAGGAAUCCUUAAAAAAAAAGAAUAAAGGGUUGAUGAGUAAAUAGUGUCUAGCUUUUCGCUUUUCCGGGGCAAUGAGGAAAUAAUAGAAUUAAUUUAUCGUAAAAAAAAUUAUUUUCCAUUUUGUCAGUGUCUUUUUUACAUAUACUGGUAAGUUGAAGGGUUGUUUACUCCUUUGUCAGUGCUGUGUGUAUGUUUGGUCAAAAAUUUACUAAUGGUGCCUGAAUUUACACUGACAUCACUCAGGUAGUAGAAUGAUAGGGGAAAAUCAUAAUACUGGAGAUGUGGUGUUGUAGUAGGGUAGUAUCUGCCUUGCAGACAUUUGAAAUUCUAUGGCUAUUAUGAGAGUAUGUUUUCCUCAGUAAAACGUAAAUUUUUCAUAGCCUUUUUUUUUCAGGAGGGUAGUGAUUUUACAUACUGCUCAUUUUUAACAUGGCAGCAUAUUGCAUUGCUACUAAUGUUUGUACUCACUUUAGUUGAAAUUGAAUGAUCUGGGAAAAUGGGAGUGAAAGGUCUGAAUUCAUGAGGGUUGUACCUCUUCCUAAUUUUAAGUCAUUUCUACAUUUCCAUUAAAAAGUAGGAUUGAGCCACUUUCAUUUGUACUGAAUUUUUUAACAGGUUUUAUAAAAAAUAUAUUAUAACUUGCAAGACUUCACAUCAAAAAAACCCCACACAGUAUAGUUUUGGGCACCUGAAUUUCAGUAGUAUUUUCAUUGCUGUUAAAAUUGAGAGAAAUGUUAAAAUAAAAUUAAAAUACAAAAAUGUUAUUAGAUUUGGAAAAUUUGAUGACCUGCUAGGAAAUUUGGGAUCAUUUUAGAGCUGAAUUAACUGCUUGUCAAAAUAAAUGUAGUGCAUCAAUUGAUUGCCUUAGCCAUUGAAUGAAUUUAAUCAUUAUUGAUUUAUUCCUUUCUCAACAGUAUCGAAGGAUAGUUAUUGCACACAUAAUGACUUCUGAACCUUUCUUGAAGGCUGUUGGCUCCACCUAUUUUUGAGUCUUCUCCUAGAGAAGAGACUCUGUGUACCCGCCAGGAGGUUCUAAGGUAGCUAUAAAAUACUUCCAUUGUUAAUGGCAACUCCUAGCACAGAUAUGCACAAGUCUGAUAUCCAAAUAUUUACUUAAGUAUUUGCAAUACUUUUGAAAAUAAAACUUUGCUCAUAUAAACAUUUCUGUAAAGCAGACACCGCAACUACUGUUAAAGUAGAUGUAUGACAUGAGGAAGCUUUCCUGAAUAUAGCACUCGCCAGUUUUACACCCCUCCAGCAUCAGCUGCUAUAACAUAGUAAGAAUAGAUCUUUAGUGGUGUUACACUUGUAAUCAGAGGCCCCUUUACUGUCUACCUACAGUUGGUUGUUUUGGUUUUUUGUUUUUUAAAAGAGCUCAUUUUCUACAAAUAGGUGAAGUACUGCCUUCAAGAAUUCUUACUCUGCCACCUAAAGGCACAGGACAUGAGUUCUGCCUUACUCAUUAUGGAAUAGCACUUUUUCUGGCCCACACCGGAAAGAUUAUUUGCCAAAGAAUCUUUGUAUCUGAUUCUUUUCUGCUGUACCCCAAUUUUUACUUUUGAUGUGGGUGGCACCAUUUCACUUGUGGACAGUUAAUCCUAGUUAGCCUUGAAACCAAGCCUAAAGUAGUCUGUGAAAACAAGAUACACAAACUUAUGCUGACACGUACUGGCUUUCAGGAAAAGCUCGUAAGCUGUUGCUAAUGGCCCACUGAAAUUUGUGGAACUGAGCACAUACUUAAAAUUGACCAUAUCUUUAGGUUUCCUGCUGAAUGGGAGGUUUAAAGAAUAGUUUCAAAGUAAGUCCAUUAGCCACUCCUAAGAAGUCCUGGUCUUUGCUGUGUUAGCUGUUCCAUGAAUCCAGACCUGUACUUCUUAUUUCUUGCCAUAUACUGAGUGUACACUGUUACUGAAUUUGUGGUCCUUCAUAAAAGGGAAAUACUGAUGUGCAUAAUGAGAGGUUAAAACUCCAUGCGACUUCUGUCCUUAAGGUAAGCACAUUCUAAAGCCCAUAUCUCUGCUAACACUGGUAAGCAGUGUCCUUUUUUGGUUAACAUGUAAGUUCUCAUUGCCAAAGAAAUCUGAAUUGCAGAUUAUGCUAAAACAAAUCAAAUAUACCUGAUUGUAUUUGUUGCUGAGACUGAGAAAACUGACAGGAUAAAAGUUCAUGAAAAAAAUAAAUAUUUAAGAACUCUUAGAGCAUUAGAGUAGCAGUAGCAUUUGAUACUCUGAGAACUGCUUCUGUGUAAAAUUGUGCUUAAAAAUAUUACAUUAGGAGCAAACUACACCAGCCCCUGUAUUUAAGUCAGUUGUAUCCUUUCUGAAUGAGGAAAAAAAGUAACAGCACAUAUGUAAAAGUAAGCAGUUACCAUGAGAGUUUGCUGUUUCCCAUUUUUCAAAGGAGUUGUUUCUAUAGCCUUAAACAUUUUUAAUGUUAAAAACAUUUUUAAGAUCUACUAUUGACGAAAGAGAUAUACAGCUGGUAAAUAUUUAGAUCAAUUACUCUGUUCUAAAUUAUUGAACAGAUUGUACCUGUAUGUUAGAUUAUUUUGAAAAACUAAUUGGUCUUCUGAAUAAUAAUAGGCUGUCUGUAUAGGAUAGCAAAUUUCAGUGUUCACUGUUAUGCUCAAGUCACUCAAAUAUUUCUGCAAAUAUUUACCACUACUGGAUUGCUCAUUUGAAAAUAUCUGUUAUAUGAAAUACUGACAGAAUACUUUUUAGUUGCACCUGUUUCCUCAGAAUCCUUUUCUUGGUAUAUCUUCAAAUAAUUUGCUUAAUGUUGCCGUUUUCUUUUAAAGCUCUCUUCAAAUAUCCCACUAUUCUCUUGUCCCUUAACAUUUGAUAUUGAAAAGAAGUUGCACGUAUACCAUGCAAUUCGCCAGUUAAAAUCUAUCCAUCUUUUCCUAGUAGUUGUCCUUUUUCCUGGAUAAGUAAUACUGUGGGUUUUCAUUCAUUUAUUUAUUUUUCCCUUUUUUGAGCUAUUUGUGGCAGUUUUCUAAAGGGGAUACCAUAGUUGGUAUUAAACAGUCCAAACAUGCAGAAACAGUGCCUCCUCCUGAAGAAGUGAUUGUCCCAUGAAGAGUCUAGCUGUAAAAGGAAAUUUUCUACCUAUUUUUGUCAGAAUUCCCAACUGCUCAUGACUUGUGUUCACCAGCUCUGAAAGAAAUUGUACCAUUCUUAGCUAGGUGUGAGAGGGAAUAAUCUUCAGUUUUAUUUUCCUGUUGCACUAAAUGGAUAACCUUUGACUGCUCUCUUGGUUUAUUUUUCCUUACAUUGAAAGUUCAAGUAGCCUGCAGGCCAGCAAGUCCUUUUUCUGUGCCUGAUCCGCCCUCGCUAUACCUUCCGGAGCUUCUUAGAGUUACUGCUUAGUCCCCGCUGUACAGAAAUUGGUUUUCGUUUUGGAGGACGCUAUUAAUUUCUUCUGUUAGCUCAAGUGGCUGCAAUACACAUGCAUAUUUUUGCAUUUGUGUUUGCUUCCCCCCCCCCCCCCCCCCCCCUUGAUAGUCAUUCAACAGUUAUCACUGUUGUCCAGAUUUCAGAAGUACAGACUAAAUCCUGGGGAGGCUACGCCUUCCCAGAAUAGAUCCAAAAUCACCAGGAGAUAUUUAGGUUGGAGGAAGCUGGAUAUUUUUUUUUUAACAUGUGAAUGUGCAUUUUCUCUAAUUUAAAAAAGGCUUAAACCUAUUAUGCAAUUUUUUUACUUUGUUCGUAACAGAGGAUGCCUGUAAUACAUAAUGGGUUUCAGUCACACUUUAUUAAAGUUCCGUUUAAAAUACUUUCUAAAGAGUUAAUAAACUAUUGCUAGACUUUACAAGUAUUUUUUCAGAUAUGGGUAUCAGUUGUAGCAUAUGGCUAACAAGCAGCUUAUUCAGAAGAAGGUUGUGGUGCAGAUUACUAAAAGUAACUUCAGAUAUUUUGGAUUUUAAAACAAUUUAUUAACCUUUUGUUUUGUACUUGGAAAGUUUUGUGUUGCUAUUUUUCUUAAGAAGUCUAAAUAGGCCAAAUGAAGUCUUCAGAGUCAUCUUUUCUUAAACUGCAAAACUUAUGUGAGCAGUAUUACUUGAUAUAGAAAGUACUGAAGAAGGUCGCUUGAUGUGGAUUUGUGCACCAUUGGACUGCAGAUCAAAGCAGUCUGCUGAGGCAGUAUCAGUCCUUGUACAUAUAGGCAUAUUCAGGGUAAUCUAUUUCUCAUGUGAUGAAUGUGUAGACAUGAAAAAAAAAAUGCACAGCACAGAUCUGACAAAGUACUGCCCUUUAACUCUGAUUCUGCAAACAGUACACUGGUGCUCAAUUUCACCAAUAUGCAUAGUCUCCCUGGCAUCAGUGUGACUGCUUAUUUUCAGAAACUUAACGUAACUGUUAAGAAAAAGCAUAAACCUUUGUGGGGUUAAGGCCUGACCCUUUAGGCAGCGUAUGUUCCCCUCAGGCUGCCUGAUGUUACUCUUCCAGUGAGAGAAUCAAUGAGAAUUUUGCUUGAGGAGCAGAGGGAAGCCUCAGGGCUCUUUGGGCUAAAUCUGCUGUCCUCUGAAAUCUGUGGACAGAAUCCUAUUGGUAGUGGGGCCUUAAAUCAGGUGCUUCAUGGACACACAAAAUACUUGCAAGCUGGAUGUGAAAGUAGAGUACGAGCUACUAAGGGAGUACAGUCUUCGUAUCACCAGGAAUGUUUUGCACAGGUAAAAACCCAUAUGUUAAUAGAAGCCACAAAAAUCUCAAAUAAACAUAGGGUCAGAGAAGCAAAAUAACUGAUGCUUAUUGUAGAUGGCUUUUCAGCUUAGUGUAUUUUAAGUCUCUGGCAGUGUAUUUGAAGAGUAUUUGUUUUAGGGUAUGGCAGCUUACGCAGAGGAUCACCAAACAGUAUAUAGCAUAGAAUGUAAAUUAUUUCAGUAACAGACACUAGUAUCUAUUUUCAUUUGCACAUUAAUGUCCCAUGUAUAUGACUAAAAUACUAUAUUGUUAAAAAUGAGAGGAAAACAACAGAGAGGUAUUUGUAAGUACGUUCAGUUUGUAGACCUAAGGCUGUAUUAUGUUGAAAUUUUACAAGCCAAGUUUAAAUUGUAAUAUAGAAAUUAUUUUUAUAUUAUUUUCAAAAUACGCUACAGAGCAAUAUUUUGCGCCUUUAUUAUAAACAGGGUCAUCAUUUUAGUAGGUUACCUUCAGAAAUGCUGGUAGAAAUUAACCAUGAAAAGAAAGCUUUGUAAAUGUACUUGUUUCUAACUGCUCUGUCUGUUUUGCACAUCUUUAUCAAAUGCGAGUUGAAUAUGCAAAUUUUUUUUUAUUUAAAAGCUUUAAAUUUUUCUUUAUAUAUUUUGGUACAACACUAUCCCUCUCUAUCUAAUGCCACUUUUCCUUCCAGUCCCUACCAAUAGGCUUCUCAUCUGGAAAGUUUUCUUAUCAAAUGAAACAUUUCUGCACAGAUAUUGAUUCACUUGGGACAUUUAUAACACACCUUGAGUCCACUGGAGUAGGAUUACUUUGCUUUUUUUUGAAAACAGAAUCAGAGAUUUAUUAUUCCUUCCAAAAUGAAAAUCAAGAAUAAAUAAUCAGUGCAAUCAUUUAGAAUCUGUGGGAAGAAAAUCACUCUAGAUCAUAGAAAUGUCAUCAUCUAAUUGGCAGCUACAUUGUGUCUUAAUAUGCAUCAGCUUCUUGCAGAUUUAAGUGUUCAGAUUUUCUUUCUUCAUAGUUCUUUGUACUGUACAUAUGAAGUACUGAUGAACUGUGCAAAAAAGACUCUGCCAACUAAUGCAUAUGUUAAGAGUCAGUGUAGUCUUUAAAAUUCCAUAACUUUUGUGGUUUAGUUUGUUUAAUAAUUACUAUCAAGGUAUGUACUGCAACCAAAAUUUUCAGAUCUGGACACCUAACCUUAAGAUUCUGCUUCCAGGUUCCUCGUAAUAAACAAACUGGUUUUAAGAUGUACCAAGCAUCAAUUUCUGUGGGAGCAAAAGCUCUUUCUUGGUUUCAGAAAAUCAAGUGAGCAUUACUCCAACACAUAGUCAGGGCUUUUCUUUAUUAGUCUGCACUCCUUUUCAGUCAAUGGAAUUAUAUUUUCUCUUUAGCGAUUUUCCAUGUGUGAACAAAUAAUUGGACUUAUUCAUAAAGUAAUUGCCUGAAUGUGGAGAGACUUGCCUUGUACCAAAACACCAUAUAAUUGUCCAUUUAACUGUUGCAUUCUUAAUGGGGGCUACUGUAUUCCACUGAUUCUGGGGGGGGAUAGAAGACUUUUUUUUUUUUUUUAAUAUCAUGAUCUCUAUGUUUGGGUUUUUUUCCUUUCAAGUGAAUAUACUAUUCUGAUUGCUGUUUUAUCUCCCAUUACCUAAACACAUGUACUGUACCAAGAGGAUUGAAAUGGCUGAUGCACAUUUGCACUGUGGAACACACAAUAUGGGUAAAAGCCACGAUGUUCCAAACAGCCUUAAAAUUAUGACUCUCUGGAGACUGAGAGUCACUUAACUGGAUGCAGCCUCUGUCCCACUUCCUCAUUUAACCAUAACUGUAAAACACUCUAGCCUGCUGUAGUCUACGUAACUGUAUGCAUAUUCAUCUGAAUGACCUGUAAUCUUAAAAGUAUUUUUUCUUUAAGAAAUUGUAGUUCAUUGAUAAGUGUCAGUGUGCCAGGAAACCUUUGUCAAAAGAGGAGAUAGGGGUAAAAAUAGAGAUAAAAGUAGAUAGUGGAGUAACCAUGGCACCAAAGUACUAAAAAGAGGGAAAACAGUUAAGAUGUAUCAAAAUCUAUUUCCUGUCAAGACUGGAAAUUUGUAUCUCUUCUUGUAUUCUGGGAGAACAGAGAAAUGUUGUUUUGGCAUUCAUCUCUGCAUCUAAUGUAGUCUCUUACUUUGUUGCAGAGCUUUGCUGUUGGGGAAGAAGGGACAGAAAAAUGGCAAGUUUUCUUCCCUUCUUCAAGCAAGUUCUACUCUAGUGGCAGAAUCAUCUGAGAUUGCAAAAAUAUGCUCCAAUGUUAGAACUAAACAGUGCCUAACUCCCAUGUGUGAGCUGUGCAUUUCAUUUUCAUUUUGCCCCUUUCAAAUGCUUUUUUUUUUUUUUAAAGGGGAGGGGAAGUUUAAAGCAUAAGCUUUGUAUGGGAGUGACCCAGUUCUUCCUUUGUUCACAUGCAAAAUCAAUAAAAACAUGAAAAUGGAAUUAUGCUGGAGUUGCACUUUCCCUCUCAGGCAAGCUGAGAGGUAAAAGCCACCUUUUUAGGCAAAUUCUGUGUAAGUGUUUUGCCACAGAAUAAAAUUAGAACCACUUGGCACAGAAACUUUGCUUGAUGAAGCCUGACAGUAUGUCAGGAGUUUGAGAGCCACGGCCAACCUAGCCAAAACAAAGCAAGUCUGGUCAAUCUUGCCUUUAAAACAGAUACAGUUCAUUCUGGCCUCUGGUGUCUGAACAGUAUCUUUGCAGUAAAGAUGAAGUGGAACACUGCCUUGUCACUUGCCUCCAGGUUUAAGUAAUACAAAGCCUCUUCCCCACUCUUUUGGUUAAAAUAUGCAGGAGAUGUAGCAGCAAAACAUGGCAUCUCAGGCUCAGAGAAUACCCUGUGUCUCCUUUUAAUGGGCUUGCAAUCAGGUAAUGAAUUGAAACACAGCCAUGUGAGCGUGAUAGAAGCGCUCUUGUCUCUAAACUUUGCAAAUUGUGUGCACUUAUGUUUUAACACUGAGAGAAACUAAGUAACGAUUUUACUGUUUAUUUGCUCAAGAUUCUGAGUACUGUAAAUACGGUCUUUCUAUAAUGCACAUAGUUCAUGUACAGUACAAAAACUUAUUUUCCCUUGGAGCCACUCAAGAUUUGCAUGUACAUGGUACCAAUCGCUGUUCCUUUACCAUAAGCCAAGGAGAACAAACAGGGUUUACACCGAGAUUAAAUAACGAAUGGAAGCAGCUAGGAGUCCUCAACCAUGGUCUUCCAGGCCAGCUUUGACAGUUUUGUAUAAAAUUCUGUCCCGAUUAUUUAGAUUAGGUUUGUGCUCUUUUCUGGGAAGGAGCAAUUACUUCUGUGCCUUUUCCAAGCCCAUUGCUCUUACCCGGCUAACUCCUUGUUGCAUUUGUAAUGUGCCAGUCUUACCAUGAUUCAGCUAUGAAGCAGUUUUUCAAAUCUGCAUAGAGCUCUUGUUUUCUUAUUGGAGUCCAUCUAGAGCUUUAUUCUGCAUUCAAUUUUAAGACGUAAAACACUAUUAGAAACUUUUUUAAAUGCCUUGAGGUUGACUGUUGUGUGGCUGAAAGAUUUUGUUCUCCUUGGAAGGCCUCGUUCUUCCUCACUGACUCUUGUGACUAACAUUUUUGUAUGGAAAAAGUUGAAUGAAACAUUGAAAAUAUUAGUGCUGUUUACAUGUAUUUCUGCCAUUUGGUAUACUUUACCUUUUUUGUUGCACAAUUCUGUGUUGUUAAAACCCAAUGCCUUUCAGAUAUGGGCAACUUUUGAAGGGCGGUCUGAAUUAUUAUACGCAAAAGGUAUACGUAGCUGAUUCAUCAUAACUUUACUAUUACUAUUGUAGAAUAUGCCCUCCUGAAAUUGUACAUCUUUUUUGCUAUUUCUAAUGUUUUUCCUUUCAACUUCUACUUCCUUAGAGAAAUUCUAAAGCUCUUUUUUUCUGAAAGCCUGUCGUAGAUUUGCCAAUAAAGAAGAUUUGGCUUUCUCAGUUCAGUUUGCAUAUAGAGUCGCUUGUCUCCCCAAACAAGAAUUCAGAUAACACAGAUGUCACACCCUUAGCUUAUAGAAGUUAAUUUACUCAUUAACUGAGGGUCUUUGUUCAAUUAUAACCAAAGCUAAUUAUAUAAAGUUUAAAAAAAUGGAACAGGUAAUGUGACUCUUUCUAAUAACCUAGCAAACUCAGCAUUUUUAAAACUAUAGAAAUGUACAAUGAAUGUAUUUGUACUUGAAGUCCAUAUUUCAAAGAAAGAUGGCUCUCACUGGGGCUUAAGUAAAUGUUAAUAAGGAAUAAAGCAAGUCUCACUGAUUUUUGCUGGCUAAGAAUUCAACUUCUUGGUAGUCAUACCCUCCUUAUUUUUCAGAGUCUGAAUUUCUUGUUGUCUUCUAUAAAUUUAUACUCUUAGCAAAGAUUACUUUAGGAUUUCAAUAAACAAUAUAAUAGAUAUAUCUGAAAUUUAUUUAAAGCUGAAGUGACUUUUCAGGUUUCUCUGUGUUUGACCAUUUUCAUGCAAAACUUUUACCCUGUAUGGAAGGAGUGAAUUUAUCUUUUCCCAUUCCCUUCCCUAUUCAUAAUUUAAAGAUGUGAUUGGUUGCAGUCACUUUCAUCUGCAAACAAAACAGUUGAUCAUUUUUAAUCUGACUGCCAUAUCAUGUUUAAAUGCAUUGUUCAAAAGAAACAGGAACAUUAAUUAACAUUAAAGGGUAAUGAAUUAUUUUUGUUGUGAAAAGCGUGAGUUCUUGAGGACCUUUUCUACGUGCAGUUUUCAUUCAAAUUCAAUUUCAAUUCAUUUUUGAUCUAGUCCAUACUUUGACAAAGAUGACAUGUAAGCUGUUUUUAGCAGUUGGAUUGUUACUUUGUAAAGUAUUAAAGCACUAAACCAAUUUUUGCAAUAGGUAGUAAAACUUGCUUUUGUUUUGAAAAACUUCCAGUUAUAACUGUUGCACUUUUUAUAGCAGAACUGUAUUUAAUUUCUUUCUUUUAUGAAAGAUUACUCAAAGUAACUGAUAGCUCUGCAGUCUGUGUGAAUUGGCUUCUCCAUCAUUUGAAACAGAGAGAAGCUAUAAUGCCUAUUCAAUAAAAUUAACUUGUUUCUAAAGUA